GGAGUCCCUGCAGACGGUUAUGUUGCAGACCCUGUCAAACAUGAAGACCUUCUACGCCAGCCGUAUAUCCUUUGCCAACGACUUCAAGGGGCCGUCGAUGAUAGUGGACACCGCCUGCUCGGCCAGUGGCACUGCCUUCUGUCUGGCUAUGAAUGACCUCAAACUCGGCCACACCGAUUCGGCUAUAGUGUGCGGCACUCAUAUGGUGUUCGAGCCGUUCAUAAACCAAUACCAACAGGAGUUGUCUGUGUGUUCACCCCGGGGUGUGUCGGCCGUCAUGGACCAGGAGGCGGACGGUUUCGUGAAAGCAGAGGCC